GGCGGCCAGCAACCAGGCGCUGGAGAAGGGGGAGACGGAGCAGAGCGGCUCCCCAUCUCCCCGGACCCCAGGCUUCCCUGGGGAUUUCCUCCUCCUGGCCAGGCGGUCCCUGCAGGACCCUGGGUGGGUGCCGGGCCCGGGGAUUGGGUUUCUGGGGUAAUGAAUAUUCAUCAGGCCGAGCAGGCCUCUGCUUCUGUUUACUUAGCCGGGAGGGGCUGGGUUUCAGGUUCACCUUGACUCCUGCAGGCACAGUGAGCAGGUACCCCACUCCCGCACCUGUUUCUCCGGCACCUGCCGCACAGCUGCUCCUACCAGCUCCCCUGGCCCGGCCGUGCCUGGCACAGCACCCUGGCGGCUCCCCCGGCUCCCCCAGGCUCCCCUCCGGGCGGCGCCGGCGCUCAGCCCCUUGUCUAGGGAGGGGCUCACCUCCAGCUGCGGCAGCCAGGAUCACAGAAGCCCACCCUCGGCUCAGGGAGCACCAUGACCGAAGUUGGUUGGUGGAAGCUGACCUUCCUCCGGAAGAAGAAGUCCGCCCCCAAGGUGCUGUACGAGAUCCCUGACACCUAUGCCCAAGCGGAGGGCAGCGCAGAGUCCCCGGGGCCUGAGGGCGGGGAUCCCAACAGUGACUUUAACACCCGCCUGGAGAAGAUCGUGGACAAGAACACAAAGGGCAAGCACGUCAAGGUCUCCAACUCCGGCCGCUUCAAGGAGAAGAAGAAAGUGCGAGCCACACUGGCGGAGAACCCCAACCUCUUCGAUGACAGGGAGGGCAAAGGACAGUGAAGGGGGCCGAGGAGGGUGCUACCCAGCAUCUCCCUGCCUGCUCCCUGCUGUCAGCUGGAUCUGAGCUAGGAGCUUGCCACGCAGGCCUCUUUGGCCGCAGCUGAAGCCCUGGGGGCAGUUGAUGCCUGCUGGCAGGCAAUGUCUGGUUUUAGGUUUGUAUUUAUGUGCCCGGCUUUCUGGGAAGUGUGGGAGAUCCCAGGGUCCUCCCACCGUCCCCCACCACAUAUAAAGGCACUUCGGUUCAAGGAUGACAAGUGCCACCCAGGGUGUCAGCCCUCCCUGAAGCCAUGUCAGGGCGGGCAGGGAGGCGGACAAGGAAUACAGAGAGUGCCUGAUUGACUUCACUUCCUCCCAGGGCAUGGGGUCAAGGGUGAGUUUGACUUGCUGCUCCCUCUACUGUCUCUACCCGUGACUGUUCCCUGGACCAAUCCUGAGAGUGCAUUUUCCAGCAGACAUGUGAUGGGGGAUGGUUUCCAGGAGCCAGAGGUGGGCUGGACUUGAGCUCACCUCCUAACACAAGUGGGAAACUUCCGGGAACUUUGCCCCCAGAUGUGCAAGGGGAGGAGGACCCUGGCACUCCCUGGAGGUGGCCAGGUUAAGGACCCCAUGGGUCCAGGUUAGGGGAGGGGGUGGGGAAGCUCUGGUAGGACCUAACCGCAGCCAGUUAUUCCCCACGGUAUUAAAGAUGGAUCAGCCCCAGAGAUGAGUCCUAGAGCCUUGAAUUUUGUUUAAGAAAAUAACUAUAGGUUUCUCUCUUUGUUUUUUUUUUUAAAAAAUACAUUUUAUUGAUUUUUUACAGAGAGGAAGGGAGAGGGAUAGAGAGUUAGAAACAUCGAUGAGAGAGAAACAUCGAUCAGCUGCCUC